UUAUGGCGAAGCAUGUGCCACCAAUUCAAGCGGGGAUCUAAGCUCGAAAUUAAUCGAAUUCGGGUCUGCGAACGAGAACGCAAGGCAGCGCGCCUUAGUCAAGACAACUUACGAAAGAGUAUUGAAGAAUUUCACAAACUCGGGUUCGUCAUUCUAGAGAAUGCCUUCGAUCUCCAAUCUGCAGAGCACCUGCUCGAGAAGAUGCUGAAAGACUUCCACGGCCGCUUACAAUCCUCAACCUUCCGCUGGAAUCAGGGACAGAACACUGGAAACAUAUCGCAGCCGGUUCCAUCUUUUCCUGAGUAUCUUUAUGAAGAUAUAUGGGCCAAUCGACUUGGUGUUGACAUAAUGGAAAACAUUAUCGGACCUACGCCCCAUCUCUCACUUGCCACGUCCAACAUUGCCCUACCCAAAUUUCAAGGCCGGCAAGCGGUCCAUAGCGAUUAUUACUGCGAUCAUCAUGACUUUCCUGUUUUUCUAGAAGUUAACAUCUAUCUGCACGAUGUUGAUUGGCAUAACGGGGCAACAGAGUUCUGGCUUGGCACACACAAUGGUUAUUCCAAAGCCGACCAUAGCUCUCCCACUACAGGCUGGAUUAAGCAAGAAACUUUCAAUCGACGCGCAGAGAUUUCACCCCCAGUCCAGCUGGCCGUUCCCAAAGGCUCUCUAAUCAUUAGGGAUUUACGAUGCUGGCAUGCUGGACGAGAAAAUCACAGUUCUCAUCCACGCAUUAUCUUGGGUUUCCUAUACAGUCCUCGCUGGUUCGAUUCGCGUAUGCGUAUGACAUUACCGUAUAGCGCUCAGCCCAUACUAAAAUCAUGGAAUCAUAUAGAAUGCAUCAAAUCUGUGGACUUUGUUGCGGACAAUUUUGACUAUCUACAUUAUCUUCCAGAUAUAAAUCUAUCGCAAAGUAGAUUGAAUAGUAAGAUGAUAACAACUCCUAAGCGGAAAGAGGUUACUGUUACAACAAAAGACUAUUGGAACCCUUAUUAAAGACAUAACGUCUGAAAGUUAUAUUACGUAGAAUAUAAUUUUCACGGUGCUCUAAACUGGAGGAUAACUCUUGGGGAUCUAUUGGGUACCUCUUAGGCUAGAGUGGUCCUAGUUACGUGCAUAGAGUAGACUUGUCGAUGUAGCAGGUGUUUACCUAGCAAUAAUCCAGACCGUCGCGCUGAGCUUGUCGUGCAUAGAACAUAAUCUUG